UUUAUUCGGCUUCUUCGCAAUUUAUCCAAGCUAAGAUAUCGGAUUUAGGACGACGUAGGACUUCAAAAAUGGGAGAAAGAGGAUUUCUGUUUCUUUUUGCGACUUUUUAUACAUUCUUCAUUGUCAGCGCUAAGCCAGAUCUUAACCCGGUGGUUUUGAUUCCUGGAGAUGGGGGGAGUCAAUUUAAAGCAAAGUUAAACAAGACAACUACAGUAGCAAGCUAUUGUAUCAAGAAGACAAAUUAUUAUUAUGACUUGUGGCUUAACUUGGAACAACUUGUACCAUUUCUUAUUGACUGUUUUGUUGAUAAUAUGAGGCUGGAGUAUGACAAUGUUACAAGAAAGACCCACAAUUCACCUGGGGUAGACAUAAAGAUUCCUGGCUUUGGUGGGACUGACACAGUUGAAUUCCUAGAUCACUCCGAAAUCUCCCUAACAACCUAUUUCCAUAACAUUGUGAAGGCAAUGGUUAGUUGGGGCUAUGAUAGGAAUACAACCUUGAGAGGUGCACCAUAUGACUUUAGAAAAGCUCCAAAUGAACUUCAUGAAUUCCUGGAUAAUUUGAAGUCAUUGAUUGAGGAGACAUACUAUAAGAACAACAACAAGAAGGUGGUUCUUCUAGGUCACAGUAUGGGUAACCCAGUCACCUUGUAUCUAUUAAACCACAUGACCAAAGCAUGGAAGAGUAAAUUCAUCAAAAGUUUUAUUUCCUUGGCUGGAGUUUGGGGUGGUGCUGCCAAACCUAUAAGACUUAUGAUAUCAGGUGACAAUCUAAAUGUUCCAAUUGUGAAGUCGAUUGCUGUACGACGUGAGCAGAGAAGCAUGCCAAGUACCGCUUGGUUGAUGCCAUCAGAUCAGUUCUGGGGACCAGACGAGGUGCUUGUAGUCGCUCCCACCAGGAAUUAUACUGUGAAAGAUUACAAACAGCUCUUCAAGGACAUUGACUAUGAAACUGGUUAUAUGAUGUGGGAAGACACGCAUAAACUAAUUAAUCCACUGACCGCCCCUGGUGUAGAAAUGCAUUGCCUACAUGGUGUUAACGUCACUACUCCCGGAGUAUUUGUAUACACCAAUAAAACAUGGCAGCAGAGUUACCCGAAAACAAUACCGGACAACGGAGACGGAACUGUCAACAUGCGAAGCCUUCUCGGGUGUCUACGAUUUGCUAAAGGCCAGUCUCAACCAGUCUAUCAUAAAACUUUCGACAAAGCUGAACAUAUGCAAAUUUUAAAUCGUAAAGAUGUGAUACAGGAGUUAGAAAAAAUAUUGCUACCAUCUGAGCCAUUUAUAAACAAACAUUCCGGCUUUAAAGAUAGUUUGAAUUAAUUCUUGUUCUUUUUCUCUCAAACUUACGUGAUAAGAUUUAUUAAUAAACUUGUAUUAUAAGGAAUUAUCUCCACAAUGCAAUUAAAUUGAUAUUUUUUUUCUACAAAAUUGUUUGGAAAAUUGUUUUUAAUGACACAUAAUUCCUUAUAGAUAUUUUUUUUUUGAAAUUUAAGUUUAUAUUCUUAUGUGUAUACUGUAAACGUACAAUGUAGGUUAAAAAACAUUCUCUUGAUUAGAUUGUUUUGAUUUUUUAAGCAGGACCAUUGUCUUCCAGAAUAGAUCUGCCAUUAUUUAUUUUUUCUAUAUGCCAAGUUUUCAGCUCAACACUGUAACAUGAUUGUAAUUGUGUUAUAUUUAUGGCAUUUAUCAUGUUCUCAGUUAAUGUAGGUCAUUUUGUAGCUACAAUUACUUACAGGGACUUAACACAGUGUUGGGAUAGAGUAAAAAGUAAUUCUAGAAAAAACAUAUAUACUGUAUAUAUAAUAUAUAGACAAGGGGUUGAACACAUCAAAUGGUCCAAAUGGCACUAGUCCAGUAUAAGUCCAAAUUGCAAAGUCAUUCUUACGUAAAUCAUAUAAAGCUGUAUAUCAAAUUGCAGCUAAAUGACAUCACUAGACGUUGACAAUAACAUUAUUGUCCACUUUUAAACUGUUUGCCAGUGGUUAGUUGUUUCUUUGAACGUGUUUUAUUGAUUUAUUGUGGGUUGUUUCACUGGCAUCAUUUGGAACUGUGUUUUUAAACGUAGAAAAUCAAUUGAGGUUGAGUUGCGGGGUUGAGUUCGACCUAGCAAAAAUACGAUAUUUCAUCCGAAAUGACUUUUUGUUGUUCAAAAACGCUGGGUCGAGUCCCAGUGCAAUCAUUUGCUGGAGUGGUUAAUAACAUACACGUUAAUGAUACAGUAUGAGAAAAUAUCACAAUAUUUAAUGUUCAUGCUCAAAAUUAUUUUUCGUUCCAACACAGACUUUGUUACUUGAUGUAAGGACGUUUUUUUUGAGUGGUGCACAUAGCCAGCUACUUAAGUUAUGGUACAUGCUGAAUAUUGUUCUAGAUGUAGUUCAAUAUCAUCUUCCUUGUUUAAUUGUUUGAAAAAAAAACAACAACAGAGCAUGCUUUAAUACAUGUAGUGUGCACAAUAAUACAUCACCAGACAUUGGCAAACUAAUACAUGCAAUGUGUGACCAAUAAAAAUAAAUCAACAAGUAAUUUAAGAAGAGGAAAAAAUCUGUACAUUCACCUUGUUUCCAUAUUCUUAGGUUUGGAAAGAGCUGAAAUAAAAAGUGUUUCUGUUAUUGCAUAUUUAAUAUAUGUUAUCUGACAAAUAUAUAUAUUAAAUUUUUGUAUUAAAGCAGCAUGCCUCCAGAUUCAUGCUAAUUUUCAUGAAAUUUUGAAAAUGUAUUUAAAUAUAUAAUAUUAUGAAGUACCCUAAAGGAAGCAAUUUACACAUUAUUGAUGGCACUUGAAACCUACGUUAAUUACCAAAAAGAUGUCAAAAUUUGCAAAAAUAACCCUUACUGCGUUAGUAACACAGUAGAAAUAUAGUUAUAAAUUCUGAAAAUUCAGUCAUUAAUCGCAUAUAACAUGUAAAUCUUGAAUCUUUUUACUUUUCUAAAAUCUUAGUGGAUUUUUUCUCAACAUUGUUUUUAUUGAAAUAGUUUGGCUUACCUGGAGACAUAUAGCUUUAAGAUUUUCAUUUUUUCUAUCAUAUAAAUAUCCAAUAAUGUACAUUAACUUCAUAUGUAAUAAAUGUUUAACUUAA